GAAAGAAGCGAGAGGAUGAGACGGUGCACAUAUGGAGCAGAGGGGUGUUCAUGGAUACCGUAUGGCAAGCCAUCAGGACGGUGGUCGGGGACUACUUUGUGGAGAUGGCGAGCGGGUCGGGAUUGUUCCUGAUGUGGUUGAAGCUGAUGGGGUCGUACAUCGAGCUGGACAAGGGAACUUACGUGGACUCCAUGGGAGCCGCGCUGAACCCAGAGAUGGUGGAGGUGGAGGGAGGCGGGAGCGUGGGGAGGGAGGCUCUGCUGUUUGGGCACGUGUACGACGGGGAAGGCGGGGUGGUGAAGUUCGGGAAGAUUACGGUCGGGGAGAGCGGGUUCAUCGGGAGCAGGGCGGUGGCCAUGCCUGGAGUGGCGGUGGAGAGCGGAGGGAGCUUGAGCGCUCUCUCGCUCGCCAUGAAGGGAGAGGUCAUUAGAUCAACAUGAUGAUGAUACAUAAAUGUAGUUGGGAUAUAGAAAGCGGACAGUCUCUCUCAAUGCUGUCCCGCGGCGGUCUCUCGUGUAAUAAAUAAUCUCUCUGGCCGGAUA